CUAUGGCUAACACUUCCAUUGCAGUUUCCAUAAAUCUCCUGAAACCCGCUUCCUCGUAGUUCUCCAAUCCAGUCUGAACGGUGUAGCAGUCGAGAAGGAGGUGCGAUGGCCGUUAGCUUGAAGAUGACUGAUGAGCAGGAUCACAACAACAAUCAUGGCUGCCUCGUGCAAGGUGGUGUGCUGCGAGGAGGAAAGAGAGUCUGACAAGGCUAUCUUAGUUCGAUUUUCGAAUGGUUUCACCGACAAUGCGCAGAGACUGGAUUUUGCCACAUUCAAGAACACAGAUGAAAAUAAUCCGAGGAAAAAGAUAAGACGGAUAGUGGUUGCUGAAUCAGAACGGUUGUCCUACGUUGGACAGAAUUUUGGAGAAGAUUUAAUGAAAUGCAAUAAUCUGUGCAGAUAUUAUGUUGGAGUGUUAAAUAAAGAGACCAUGCAGAUGGAGAUGCACAGUGCUCAGCUGUUCAACAUGCAGCCUGUCAUACCAGGAGAGGGAACUCAGGAUGCAAUGUCUCAGGACGCCACUGUGUCCUACAGGGAAAAGGUUGACUCUUUGAUUGAGGCGUUUGGCACCAAUAAACAGAAGCGAGCUCUGAGCUCUCGCAGGCUCAACCAGGUGGGCAGUGAUGCUCUGCAUCAUGCAGUGGCUGAAGCUGCCAGCUCUGUGAUCGAUAACAAGGGUCUGGAAGCUCUACAACAGGAAGUAGCAGAAACAGAGUCUCAAGGAUCCCUGUCCUUACACCUUCCUCCCUGCAAUCCAGAUGCAGACAAACAAGAAAACGUCUACCCCUUUGAGGAGCUCCUGAGUUCAGUAGAAUUUGCCGCUUUGGAGGCGAGUGGUCAAAAGAUGGCGGCACUAAGCCAAGAGGAGCUGCAAAAGUUGAAAAACCAAAGAGGGAACCUGUGUGUGGUGAAGCACCUGGAGAACAUGCCGUCUGCAGAUGAUUCUAGAGAGAAAACGGCUCGCUGUGCCUUCUACCUGUCUCUGCUCAUCAAACUUUCACAUCAGAAGAUUGUCACUCGCAAAUUUUGGACGGAGGAAGGUUGUCCUCGUGUCAUUCAGAAUAAAAUGCUCAGAACGUUCACUGUGGAGACGUACAAUAAUGCCAGGGUCCAGAGCACUGUGUCGACAUCAAUGCGUACCAAAAUAGCAGCUCACAGUCUGGCUUUGUUGCUGCAUUUGGGGGACAUGACUGUUGACCUGUCGCUGCUUCACCGGGAUCUGGAAAUCACUGAGCCUAGGAUGCUAGAGAUCGCAAAGUCAAUGGGGUUAACCUUGAGCAAGCCGGCCCGCGGUAAAGGAGAUGACACCGAACUACAGGACGAACACAGAUACGCAUCACUUAUCCUGCCUCUAAUCAAACACGACAAGUUUGUCGAGAGACGGAAGCGCAAGAAAAUGCACUAAAAACCUAUGUGUGGAGAAAGAACUGAACUCUGUAUUUGUUUACAAAAUGCUUUAAUAAAUCAAAUAAUUUUGAGUUGUACAUGAAAUUACUUGACCGAUACGGUUGAAGAUACAAAAAAAA